CGGCCUCGGCAUGUCGGGCAGCCGCCCGCCGCCGCCGCACCCCGCCGCGCCGCCCGCCGCCGCCACCCCGGCCUCCUCCUCCUCCUCUUCUUCCUCCUCCUCCUCGUCGGCGGCCAUGGCGCCGGGCUCGUCCUCCUCGGGCGGCGCGGCGGCGCGGCCUGUGCUGGUGGCGGCGGCCGUGUCGGGCUCGGGCGCGGGGCUGGCCCGGCUGGCGGCGGCGGCGCGGCCCGGCGGCGGCGGCUCCUCGGCGGGAGGCGGCGGCGGCAGCGCGGGCGGCGGCGGCGGCAGGAAGAGGCCGCUGCUCACGCCGCUCUGCAACGGGCUCAUCAACUCCUACGAGGACAAGAGCAACGACUUCGUUUGCCCCAUCUGUUUUGAUAUGAUUGAAGAAGCCUACAUGACAAAAUGUGGACACAGCUUCUGCUAUAAAUGUAUUCACCAGAGCUUGGAGGACAAUAACAGAUGUCCCAAAUGCAACUAUGUUGUGGACAACAUAGAUCAUCUUUAUCCCAACUUCUUAGUCAAUGAACUUAUUCUUAAACAGAAGCAAAGAUCUGAGGAGAAAAGACUCAAACUGGACCAUUCAGUGAGUAGCACCAAUGGCCAUAGGUGGCAGAUAAUUCAAGAUUUGUUGGGGACUGAUCAAGACAAUCUUGACUUGGCCAAUGUCAACCUGAUGCUGGAGCUGCUGGUGCAAAAGAAGAAGCAGUUGGAAGCAGAGUCCCAUGCUGCCCAAUUGCAGAUCCUUAUGGAAUUUCUCAAAGUUGCCAGGAGAAACAAACGAGAGCAAUUGGAGCAGAUCCAGAAGGAGCUAAGUGUUCUGGAAGAAGAUAUUAAACGAGUAGAGGAAAUGAGCGGCUUGUACUCCCCAGUCAGUGAGGACAGUACGGUGCCGCAGUUUGAGGCUCCCUCACCUUCACACAGUAGUAUUAUUGACUCCACGGAGUAUAGCCAGCCUCCAGGCUUCAGUGGCAGUUCUCAGACCAAAAAGCAGCCGUGGUAUAACAGCACACUAGCCUCGCGACGCAAGCGGCUCACAGCUCAUUUUGAGGACCUGGAGCAGUGCUAUUUUUCCACCAGGAUGACACGUGUCUCAGAUGACAGCAGAACCACGAGCCAGCUGGAUGAGUUUCAGGAGUGUCUAUCCAAGUUCACGCGCUACAAUUCUGUCCGACCCCUGGCAACGCUGUCCUACGCUAGUGACCUCUACAAUGGCUCCAGCAUAGUAUCCAGUAUCGAGUUCGACCGAGACUGUGACUACUUUGCCAUCGCUGGGGUGACAAAGAAGAUUAAAGUCUAUGAGUAUGGUACAGUCAUUCAGGAUGCGGUGGAUAUUCACUACCCUGAGAAUGAAAUGACCUGUAAUUCCAAAAUCAGCUGUAUCAGCUGGAGUAGUUACCACAAGAACCUGCUAGCCAGCAGUGACUAUGAGGGCACCGUCAUCCUUUGGGACGGAUUCACGGGACAAAGAUCCAAGGUCUACCAGGAGCAUGAGAAAAGGUGCUGGAGUGUUGACUUUAACCUGAUGGAUCCAAAGCUAUUGGCCUCAGGCUCUGAUGAUGCCAAAGUGAAGCUGUGGUCUACCAACUUGGACAAUUCAGUAGCAAGCAUCGAGGCCAAGGCCAAUGUGUGUUGUGUCAAAUUCAGCCCCUCUUCUAGGUAUCACCUAGCUUUUGGCUGUGCAGAUCACUGUGUUCACUACUACGAUCUUCGCAACACUAAGCAGCCAAUCAUGGUGUUCAAAGGGCAUCGCAAGGCAGUCUCCUACGCAAAAUUUGUGAGCGGGGAAGAAAUCGUCUCUGCGUCAACAGACAGUCAGCUGAAGCUGUGGAACGUAGGGAAGCCUCACUGCUUGCGCUCCUUCAAGGGUCACAUCAACGAGAAGAAUUUCGUAGGGCUGGCGUCCAACGGAGACUACAUCGCCUGUGGAAGCGAAAAUAAUUCCCUUUACCUAUACUAUAAGGGCCUCUCAAAGACACUGCUGACAUUCAAGUUUGAUACAGUCAAAAGUGUCCUGGACAAGGACCGGAAAGAAGAUGACACAAAUGAGUUUGUGAGUGCUGUAUGCUGGAGGGCACUACCAGAUGGGGAGUCCAAUGUGCUGAUUGCUGCUAACAGUCAGGGUACAAUUAAGGUACUGGAGCUGGUAUGAAGGGUUUUCUCUCAAGGCAUGAGGUACUUGGUCCUGCUGAUACGCUACAGUAUUCAUCUGGGAUCCUCAGUGGGACAAGAAACCGAAACCACCUUGAUGUUCCUCCCCAAAACCAUCAUGUUUGGGUUUUUUUCCAUUUAUGGAUUUUCUAGGACAUUUUGAGACACUGGAAACACCAGUGAACUGUCUGCCAUCAACAUUAACUCCACAGACUUUGCUGCUGCUGGUGGUGGUGGUAUGGUUGUCUAAUUUUUAUGAUAGGAAAACAAAUUCUUUUAAAUAAAAACAAAAAGGAAUAAUAAAAUUUAUUGAGCCACAAGCUGAAGCUGGAAGAUUCUCUCUUGUUGCAUACGGGAACAGAUUUACUUGGGAAGGGAGCUUACAGGACCACGCAGGGCUGUCCUCAGUUGCACAUCUCCGGUUACUUUCAUCUGGACUGUUCUUCAUCCCCAUUGGAAAAAGAAAGUCUCUAAGCCUUACCUGGACGUGCAAGCAAUUCACUUGCAAUUCCAUAACGAUAUGAUCCGGUUGUUCCUUUGAUUUAUUAAUUAUUUUUUUCUAGAUGCAUUAAAUGUUGAGAAAUGCCACCCAGGUUGACACCUCUGGAGACUGACGUCCUCUGGUCAUCAAGAAGAGAAGGGCAGCUUCCCCUUGCUCCUUUCCUUACGCCCCUGCCUCGACCCGAAGGGGCGGCUCCAAAGGAGAGGAUUAAAUUGUCCUCCCGUCUGCGUGAGCCUGGGCCUGUCUGCUGCCUGCCACCACCAACGUGCUGAGACGAGGUGACCCGCAGCUGCCUGGGACCUGGACUGACCUCACCAAGACGUCAUGGGAUGACGAUCUCCCUCCCCCUGACCUGGCUGUGUUUGACCACCUCAGCUAGAGGAGGAACCUUCUAGAUCCAGUUACCAAAGCCCUGCACCACUCAGUUGCCUGUGUGGUCCGGUUGUGUUUGCCCCUCUCCGCACACCGUGGAAGCCAAGCGUUUUGAAUGUUGUAAUAAGAGAGGGGAUGGAGUUGGUUUGUAAUGUGUUUCAGAGCCAUGAUAUAAGUAGCCUUAUUUUUAAUGGUCAUGCAUACACUUAAUUGUACAUACGGAGGGGGAAUAAACCAUGAUGCUAAGA